AUGGCAGAAAACAACCAUGCUGAAGGCCUUCCAAACGGCCUCCCAAAUGGCCUGCCAAAUGGCCAUAGAAGCCAGUCUGGACCGGACGAGGGUCCAUUGGCUAUCCCGACGGCCGGGGAACCGACCGAGGGCAGCGAGGCCAUGGACAUAAUCUAUGGCCAAAACGGCAUUAUCGAAUGCCUAUUCCAGGUUGAGGGUAUUCUCAACCUGCUUCCGCAGACGGCUACCGCCUCCAAUACCGGUGCAGGGACAGCACAGGCGGAGGAAGUCCAGUUCAACCUCCAGAUCCACCCACGGAGGUUGCAGCAGCUUCUACAGGCUUUGCGAGCCCACAUCGAAACAGCCUUGGAAGGAUGA